GCACCGCUUUUCCCGGCAGGCCUCGCCUUCGCGGCCGUUGGGUAGCAGCGUCGAAGGUGCUGGGAGGUUGGCUCUGUGGCGGCCGCGGCGUUACACCGUUUUCCAAUCUGUCCGCGUCCGCCGCUGCCCGUCACAGAGCCAAAAUGUUCAGGAUGCUGAGCAGCAGCUUUGAGGAUGAUCCAUUCUUCUCUGAUUCUUUUCUUGCACACCGAGAAAGUAUGCAGCAGAUGAUGAAAAGUUUUUCUGAACCUUUUGGAAGAGACUUGCUCAGUAUCUCUGAUGGAAGACGAAGAACUCGUAAUCAUACAAGACAUGACAAUGGUGAAGAUUCUGUGACUGCAACAAGCUUUUCUCUUGCGCCUUUCGGCAGUUUUGGUGGCAUGCAUACAGAUGUCAGCCCUUUUCAGGCAAUGGACCGAAUGAUGUUAAAUAUGCGAAACGGUAUGCAGGAAUUACAAAGAAACUUUGAUCACCUUUCAGUAGAUCCAAAUGGACAUUCAUUUUGUUCUUCCUCAGUUAUGACUUACUCCAAAACAGGAGAUGAACCACCAAAGGUUUUCCAGGCCUCAACUCAAACCCGUAGGGCUCCAGGAGGAAUAAAAGAAACCAGGAGAGCAAUGAGAGAUUCUGACAGUGGACUAGAAAAAAUGGCUGUUGGUCAUCAUAUCCAUGACCGAGCUCAUGUUAUUAAAAAGUCAAAGAACAAGAAGACUGGAGACGAAGAGGUCAAUCAAGAGUUCAUCAAUAUGAGUGAAAGUGAUGCUCACGCAUUUGAUGAUGAGUGGCAAAAUGAGAUUCUGAAGUACAAGCCAGGGAGACAAUGGCACAAUCUAGAAAACGCUAGAAUGCAAAGUGUUGGUCAUGAGAAUUCUGGAACCAGAGAACUUAAAAAAAGGGAGAAACGUCUUCAAAGUCCAGCCAUUGAAAAUAAAAGAAGAUCACACAUUUUUGUGGACAAACUCAACGUCAAAGGAUCACCUGUGAAAAUCAACAAAAAAUAAAUUGUCAUGCAUUUGAUAAGUUUGGGUUGUUUUAACAGAGAAAGUAAUGGUGCUGGGUGUUAUAUACAUAAGACCAAUCUCCUGUUGUUAAAUCAGUACUGUACUUUGCAACUUUCUUCUGUUAUCUGAAUGUUGUUGGAAGUUCUAGCUUUGUAUUCUUCCUACUUUAGGAAUAAAACUUUGAUUUUCAAUGUGA